AUGCGCAAGAAAGCCGUGCAAGAAAAUGCAGUGCCUGGCAUCAUCGUUCACACAGCUGUGCAUGUCUACGGAGCCCACAUCAUUACAGAUCCACCACAUUACAGUUAUAUAUGUUUUAAUCCGCAGGUCGAGCUACAUGUGCAUCUUGAUGGCGCAAUCCGGAUAGAAACCAUCAUGGAUGUAGCCAAGAGGCGAGGUAUUCACCUUCCCGCUGCCACGGUGGGUGAGAUGACUCACUUGUGCACACUGUCUGAACCGUCAACACUCACCAAUUUCCUGGACAAGUUCAAUGAAUUCAUGCACGUCAUUGCAGGGGACAGGGAGGCCAUUAAGAGAAUAGCCUAUGAGUUUGUGGAGACCAAAGCCAAAGAGGGAGUGGUGUACGUGGAGGUGAGGUACAGCCCCCACCUUCUGGCCAACAGCAACGUGGAGCCGAUACCAUGGAACCAGAAAGAAGAUGACGUGACACCAGAUGACGUGGUGAAUCUCGUGAACCAGGGGCUAAAGGAGGGUGAGAGGGACUUCAAGACCAAAGCCAGGUCCAUUCUGUGCUGCAUGCGCCACAUGCCAAACUGGUCCAUGGAUGUGGUGGAGCUAUGUAAAAAGUAUCGGAAUGAUGGUGUGGUGGCCAUAGAUUUAGCAGGAGAUGAGUCUCUAAACUGCAACACAUAUCCAGGACACUUGAUAGCAUAUGAGGAAGCAUUGCGAAGCGGCAUCCACAGAACCGUCCACGCAGGAGAGGUGGGUCCUCCUUCCGUGGUGAGAGAGGCUGUGGAGGUCCUGAAAGCUGAGCGUAUUGGACACGGCUACCACACAGUCAAAGACCCAGAACUGUACCAACAGCUGCUCAAAGAGAAUAUGCAUUUUGAGAUUUGUCCAAUCUCCAGUAGACUGACAGGAGCUUGUGACCCAGACUUCACUAAGCACCCACUCAUCAGGUUCAAGGAGGACAAGGCAAAUUUCUCUCUGAACACAGAUGACCCAAUGAUCUUCAACUCCACCCUGAAUUGUGAUUACCAUAUUGUGGAGAAAUACAUGGGCUUUACAGAGGACGAGUUUGUUCAGCUGAAUCUGAAUGCAGCAAAGUCCUGCUUCCUGCCCGAGAAGGAGAAAAAGGACCUCCUGAACCAGCUCUAUGAAGCCUAUGGCAUGGUGAACAACACCAGCUUCUAGAUGGAACUCACAUACACAGCAGAGCCUUCCAGUAGCUGAGACAGAGCUAAGAUAAUGGGAAAGGCUCCUUGUUUCAAAGUUUACCCUACUUGAAUACAACUUUUCAUUUUCUGAACAAUUUGUGAAUCAUAGACUGAAACGCGUGAGGGAAUGAAUUUCCAAAUAAUGGGUCGAUAUUGAUGACCCAGCCCUUAAUAGACAUAACACAGGUAUACCUAUGAAUGCCUUACUGUGGCAUCUUCAGCAUCUUGACUUAGAAGUAAGCAACAUGGUUCCUAUUGAAUUAACCAUUAUCCUUCUGCCUUGUGACUGCAGUGCAGACACAGUUGCAUUUC